AUGGACGCUGCUUCACAGCACCAGAUCAAGACUCCUGAGGAGGCCGUGGCUCGAAUUGCCUACCUUUCCAGCGAUGUCGUUGUUUCUGUCCAGCCCGCCAUUGGCACCGACUCCGAAUUCUCUUCUCACCUGAACCGAUACGCCAGCCGCAAGGACAGCAGCUUGGUCGCUCAGAGUGCUGAUACAGUUCCUGAGAUCAUCCCCGUACGACACAACACGGAUCCUCUUCUCUCAGUAUACACACCCAUCCGAGCUGGCAAGCUCGUCUCAGUCACCACCACAUCCAACAUCCUGCUCCCAUCCGUCUCACACCUAUACAAAUUGGCCAACUACCCUGUUGUCCUUCACGUCUCUCUUCAGCCCCGGACGUUCCCCGACUACUCGGUUAUUACCGCCGUUCGUAACUCGGGAUUCACAUUCGUUCAGUCUGAGACCCUUCAGGAGGCCCAGGAUUUGGCUCUGACUGCUCACGCCCUUGCUGUCCGAACUGGUAAGGGUGUCGUUCACUUCUUUGCUCCUUCCACAUCGUCAAAGGACAAGCCUAUUGCUAUCGAGGAUGCCGCCGUUGUUCGCGACGUUCUCGAUAUCGAGAGCGUUCGCCGAUUCCAGGCUGGCUCUGCUCCCUCUUCACAGACCGGAAUCUACGCGGACGAUGGCCACAUUGCCGUUUCUUCAGAUCACGAUGCGCCAGCAGUGAAUCAUGGUACCGCCGCGAGUGGAAACCUCACUGUACCCCCUAGCGCGAACGCCUCCAAGGCUCCCUCAGCUGGAACAUCGGUCAAGUCCAGCCAAGAUAGCGAGGCCAGCACUCCUGUUGCUCCUUCAUCAGUCGCCACCACCGUCGAGACUGCCCCCCCUCAGGUUACAUCCGAGGAUAUUUACAAGUCAGCUGGACGUAUCUGGGCUCAGCUCAAGGCAUCAGUUGGCCGGGAGUACAGCGCCUUCGAGUAUUCUGGCCCUCCUGAUGCUGAGAACUGCCUCUUCAUCUUCGGCUCCGAUGCCGGUGCCUUCGCUCAAGCCAUCGACGAGGCCCGCCCUGAGGAGAUCUUCGCCAACACCGCCAUUCUUACUCCCCGCCUCUACCGACCUUGGAUCGGCUCUAGACUUGUCGAGGCCAUUCCUCGAUCGGUCAAGCGAAUUGCCGUGUUGGAGCAAAUCCACCGCAAGACUACCAAAUGGGGUCCUCUCCUCAUUGACGUCUUGACUUCCGUGAAAAGCGGCCCUGGUGGCGUUGAGGCUAUUGUUGGCCACCAGCUUGGCUACAUUGCCCCCGAUGUUGUCAUUCAGGCCCUGCGUGGUGUUCUGCAGAACCUCACUGCCGAGAAGCCUAUCCAAAACCUCGAGGUCGGCAAGAAGGAGGCUUGGAAGGAGCCUACUGGUUAUGACCUCCAGACUCCUCAGCUCGAGACCGCCUAUACCAAGAUUCUUGAUCAGCUCUUUGGCAAGCGAGCUUACGUUGCCAAUGCUAUCAAGUCUUCUACCACUGGCCUUUCUCCUAACGUUGCUGCUAGCCCUGAGUUUGGCUUCGGUUCCCUCCUGGCUCGCAAGCAACGUCGUGGCCAGUUCGUUUCUCAGGUUAAGGAUGCUGCUACUAAUGGUAGCUUCACUACCGAUGCUCCUAAGAGCUGGUUGGCGCGAUGGGCUAUGAACGCUGAUGAUGCCACCAAGUCCACUGAGAUUGCCGAUGAUGUCAUUGCUAGACUUGAGACCGAUGGCUCUUCGCUGGCUGCUGAGCUCCUCUCUGCUAAGGGUCUUUUCCGAAAGGAGUCCCUCUGGCUGACUGGCUCUGAUGCCUGGUCAUACGAUCUUGGCAACUCUGGUGUUCACCACGUCCUUGCCUCUGGCGAGAAUGUUAACAUGCUCAUCAUCGACUCUACUCCUUAUUCAGAGAGGGCUGCUGCUGAUGCCAACCGCCGUAAGAAGGACAUUGGUCUAUAUGCCAUGAACUUUGGUAACGUCUACGUUGCUUCUACUGCUGUCUACAGCUCAUACACCCAGGUUCUCCAGGCCCUCCUUGAGGCUGACAAGUUCGAGGGUCCUUCCGUCGUUCUUGCUUACCUCCCAUACUUCGGCGAGACCGACUCUCCUCUCACUGUUCUCCAGGAGACCAAGAAGGCCGUUGACACUGGUUACUGGCCACUGUAUCGAUGGAACCCCGAUAACGAGAAGAAGGGCGAACCCAACUUCUCUCUCGACUCUGAGCUGAUCAAGCAAGAGCUCAAGAAGUUCCUUGCCCGUGACAACCAGCUCACUCAGCUGGCUGCCAAGGAGCCUAAGUUUGCCGCUGCCCUUGUCAAGGACUUCGGAAGUGAGGUGCGAGCCCAACAAAAGAGGAAGGCUAAGGAUGCGUACAACCAGCUCCUCGAAGGCCUUUUGGGCGCUCCUCUCACCAUUCUAUAUGCUUCUGACAACGGCAAUGCUACUACUCUGGCCAAGCGUUUGGCUAGCCGAGGUCGUGCUCGCGGCUUGAAGACUACUGUUCUGGCUAUGGAGGACUACCCAGUUGAGGAUCUUCCUACCGAGGAGAAUAUUGUUUUCAUCACUUCCACCGCUGGUCAGGGUGAGUUCCCCCAAAAUGGUCUGCCUUUCUGGGACGCCAUUAAGGACAACACUGGUCUCGACCUCGCUGCCGUCAACUACUCCAUCUUCGGUCUCGGUGACAGCCACUACUGGCCUCGAAAGGAGGACAAGAUCUACUACAACAAGCCUGCCAAGGACCUUGACCGUGUUUUGACCAAUCUUGGUGGUAAGCAUCUGAUCGAUAUCGGCCUUGGUGAUGAUCAGGACCCCGAUAGCUUCCAGACCGGUUACCAGGAGUGGGAACCCAAGCUCUGGACCGCCCUCGGUGUCGAUAAGGUCGAUGGCCUUCCCGAUGAGCCCCCGCCUAUCACCAACGAGGACAUCAAGCUGGCCUCCAACUACCUCCGUGGUACCAUUGUUGAGGGUCUAAACGACCCCACAACUCUUGCUAUCUCGGCCUCCGACCAGCAGCUCACCAAGUUCCACGGAACAUACAUGCAGGACGAUCGUGAUAUCAGAGAUGAACGAAAGGCUCAAGGUCUUGAGCCCGCCUACUCUUUCAUGAUUCGAUGCCGUCUGCCUGGUGGUAUCUCCACUCCCAAGCAGUGGGUUCAGAUGGACGACAUUGCCAAUGAGCUUGGUAAUGAGACCAUGAAACUCACUACCCGACAAACCUUCCAGUUCCACGGUGUUGUCAAGAGCAAGCUCAAGCCUGCUAUGCAAGCUAUCAACCGAGCUCUCAUGACCACCAUUGCUGCCUGUGGUGACGUGAACCGAAACGUCAUGUGCAGUUCGCUCCCUACCCAGUCUAAGUACCACCGUCAGGUCUUUGCCUGCUCUCAGCUUAUCAGCGACCACCUCUUGCCAUCAACCACUGCCUACCACGAGAUUUGGUUGACUGAUGAUGAUAACAAGAAGACACAGGUUGCUGGUGAUGCUGUCCAGGACUUCGAGCCUCUCUAUGGCCCUACUUAUCUGCCUCGAAAGUUCAAGAUCACCAUUGCGAUCCCCCCUCAUAACGAUACUGAUGUGUAUGCUCACGACAUUGGUCUGAUUGCUAUCAAGGGAGAGGACGGUAACCUUGCCGGUUUCAACGUUCUUGCUGGUGGUGGUAUGGGUGCUACCCACAACAACAAGAAGACAUAUCCCCAGACUGGUCGCAUGUUCGGCUUCUGUAAGACCGAGGAUGUGCACAUCGUCUGCGAGAAGAUAAUGCUCGUCCAACGUGACAACGGUGAUCGCAAGAACCGAAAGCACGCUCGUCUCAAAUACACCAUUGAUGACAUGACUGUGCCUGUCUUCCGCAGCAAGGUUGAGGAGCUCUGGGGCAAGAAGUUCGAGAAUGAGCGACCUUUCGAGUUCAAGAGCAACGUUGAUACCUUUGGUUGGCAGAAGGAUGAGCACGGCCUCAACCACUUCACGUUCUUCAUUGAGAACGGCCGUAUUGAGGACACGCCUGAGUUCCAGAUGAAGACUGGUCUGCGUGAGAUUGCCAAGUCUCUCAAGGGUCAGUCUGAGUUCCGUCUCACUGGUAACCAGCAUCUCAUCCUCAGCAAUGUCGCUGAUGAGGAUCUUGACGAUGUCAAGCAACUCAUGAAGAAGUACAAGCUCGACAACAUCCAAUUCUCAGCUCUCCGUCUCAGCUCUUCUGCCUGUGUCGCUUUCCCUACCUGUGGCCUUGCCAUGGCUGAGUCUGAGCGAUACCUGCCUGUGCUCAUUUCCAAGCUUGAGUCAUGCCUUGAGGAGAACGGUCUUCGCCAGGACUCUAUCGUCAUGCGUAUGACCGGUUGCCCCAACGGCUGUGCUCGUCCUUGGUUGGCCGAGGUUGCUUUCGUCGGUAAGGCUUAUGGUGCUUAUAAUAUGUACCUUGGUGGUGGUUACCACGGCCAGCGCCUCAACAAGCUAUAUCGCCAGAGCAUCAAGGAGGAUGAGAUCCUCGCCAUCAUGAAGCCUCUCCUCAAGCGAUAUGCUCUUGAGCGCAACGAGGGUGAGCGCUUCGGUGACUUCUGUGUCCGCUCUGGUAUCAUUGUUGCUACCACUGAUGGCCAGAACUUCCACGAUAACGUUGCCGAAGAAGAAGAGGACGAGGAAUAA